AUGUCGUCUUCAGAAGGAGCACCGGAGUCAUGGAUCUCCUCAUUCUGCUCGCUGAUGGGCCAUGAGUUUUUCGCCGAGGUGUCGGAGGACUUCAUUGAGGAUGAUUUCAACUUGACGGGUCUGCAAUCGCAGGUGCCCAUGUACAAGGAGGCCCUGGAGAUGAUUCUCGAUGUGGAGCCGGAGGACGACGAGGACGAAGAGGAAGAAGAAGAGGAGGAGGAAGAUGAAGAUGAUGCGCUCGGAGAUCAACCGGUAUACCGAAGAGCUGGGGAUCGGCGACAUGCUCGAGUAGCCAGCGAUCUCAGCGUCAUCGAGAGCUCCGCAGAGUUGUUAUACGGCCUCAUUCACCAGCGCUACAUCACCUCCCGCCCGGGAAUUCAACAGAUGCUCGAAAAGUACGAGAUGCAGCAUUUCGGCACCUGCCCCCGCGUCAACUGCAACGGCUGCAAAGUCUUGCCCGUCGGCCGCUCCGAUACCCCCGGUCAAGAAACCGUCAAGCUCUUCUGCCCCGGUUGCCAGGAUAUCUAUACCCCGCCCAACAGCCGCUUCCACUCUGUCGACGGCGCUUUCUUCGGCACCACCUUUGGCUGUCUGUUCUUCAUGACCUUCCCAGACCUGGACAUCGGUCCUCGUCUCGACGCCUCCCUCUCCCUCAUGUCCCCCCGAGCCCAAUCCCGCACCGGCUCCGUGACCCGUACCCCUGUGCGCCCAACCUCCCCAACUCCGGAAAACCAGCCGCUGGAGAUCAACGGGGUCCGCACGCCCAACCUCUGCCCGGGCCUGGGUAAAGGCAAGAUCUACGAUCCUCGUAUCUACGGAUUCAAGGUCUCGGAAGUCUCUCGGGUCGGCCCGCGCAUGAAGUGGCUCCGGUCCAAACCCAAGAAUGUCAUUGAUCUCGAUGAGGCAUGGAACCAUGAGCAGCAACUUUCCCCACAGGCAGAUGAUAAGGAUGGAGAUACGGAGAUGAACCCAGAACAAGUGCAGGAUGCGGCCAUUGCCAACCGCAAGAAAGCGCCUAUGCGUCGGCGGAGGGUCGAGUCGGCGGAUCCAAUGGGUGUGCACGGCCGAUAA